AUGCCUCUCCCCGAAAAGCCAAAGCUACGGUUCGUUCCGAAGAAGGAGCGUGAGCGUCAGGCGGCUGAGAAGGCGAAAAACGAAGCUGAAGAGCUGCGGCGCAAGCUGGAAGAGGAUGCAAGAAAGAAAGCCGAAUCCGAGAAGAAGUGGCUCGAGAAGGCAAAUGCGCCUGCCGAGAACCACCGCGAUCACGAUACAGACCGACCGCCUGAACGACAACAACAAGACCGGAGAUCUGGUCAGAAUGGAAAGGGCGCGUCCAAGAAGGGAGGUGAUGCUAGGAUGACCGAGGAGGAAUUCGAAAAGAAACAGCUGCGCGAGCGCUACCUGGGCCCCGAGGUGAACCGCAACUCUAGCUUUUCUGCGGCGAAGAAGCGCAAAAGGGCGACCGAGUUCAAGUUCGACUGGGACGAAGGCGAAGACACGACGCUCAAGGAUGAUCAGCUGGCGCCGCGGGUCACCACCAGCAAGGUCGUGUCAUUGUCCGGGAUAGGCGGGGGUGACGACUUCGGGGAAGAGGCCGAGCAGGCAGCCAGGCGUCGCGCCAGGCGGAUCGAAGAGCAAUACGGCGAGGAUGGACCCGAGCUUGCGCAAAGAUUCAUGGAUGAGUGGUACAACAGUCGCGAUCUGGCCAGGAAGCGAGCAGAACGCUUCGGCUUCGGAAAGCGAUGGACAGACAAGGCCCUGAACGAGAUGACAGCCCGUGAUUGGAGAAUCUUCAAGGAGGACUUCGGUAUCGCGACCAAAGGCGGUGCGAUUCCGAACCCGAUGCGGAAUUGGGACGAGUCGGGUCUGCCUAGUCGUCUCCUCGACAUCGUCCACCGAGUUGGCUACAAUGAGCCAACGCCUAUUCAGAGAGCUGCUAUUCCAAUCGCGCUACAGGCGAGGGACUUGAUCGGUGUUGCCGUCACAGGUUCCGGAAAAACAGCUUCAUUCUUGCUGCCGCUACUGGUCUACAUCUCUGACCUGCCCCCUCUAGGCGAAAUGAACAAGAACGACGGACCGUACGGCCUCAUCCUAGCGCCUACUCGAGAGCUUGUACAGCAGAUCGAAUCUGAAGCGAACAAGUUUGCGACGCCAUUAGGAUUCAGAGUUGUCAGCAUCGUUGGUGGUCACUCAUUGGAAGAGCAAGCCUUUGCCCUGCGCAACGGAGCAGAGAUCAUCGUCGCCACACCUGGCCGACUCGUGGACUGUAUCGAGCGGCGGUUGCUGGUUCUGGGACAGUGCUGCUAUGUCAUUAUGGAUGAGGCUGAUCGAAUGAUUGAUCUCGGUUUCGAGGAACCAGUGAACAAGAUUCUGGACGCGCUACCGGUUACCAACGAGAAGCCUGACACGGAUGAGGCAGAGAACGCGCAGCUCAUGAAGCGCUACCUGGGAGGAAAGGAUCGAUACCGACAGACGAUGAUGUACACGGCCACCAUGCCUAGCAUCGUUGAGAGGAUCGCCAAGAAAUACCUGCGGCGACCGGCUAUUGUCACGAUUGGAAACAUCGGCGAAGCUGUUGACACAGUCGAACAGCGCGUCGAGUUCGUCUCCGGGGAGGAUAAGCGAAAGAAACGGCUGCAACAGAUCCUCUCCUCGGGCGAUUUCGCGCCUCCCAUCAUCGUCUUCGUCAACAUCAAACGGAACUGCGAUGCUGUGGCACGCGACGUCAAGCACAUGGGUUUCUCUGCCGUUACCCUCCACGGCAGCAAGACGCAGGAGCAGCGAGAGGCCGCGCUGGCAUCUGUGCGUAAUGGGCAGACAGAUGUCCUUGUGGCAACGGAUCUCGCGGGUCGUGGUAUCGACGUUGCGGAUGUUUCGCUGGUCGUCAAUUUCAACAUGGCUACUAACAUUGAGUCGUAUACGCACCGCAUUGGUCGUACUGGUCGUGCUGGAAAGAGUGGUGUUGCCAUCACUUUCCUUGGGCCUGAGGAUUCGGAUCUCAUGUACGAUAUGAAGCAGAUCCUCACGAAGAGCUCCAUCUCGAAGGUGCCCGAGGAGCUGCGGAGACAUGAGGCAGCCCAGCAAAGGCCCCAGAAGGGGUACAGCAAGAAGUCAUCGGAUAGAUAG